GCUGGAUCGGCAAUUAUACCACCAAACCCUCCAACCGAAUCGAAUCGAAUCCAAAUCCAAACCCUCACCCUCGAAACCGAAUCGAAAUCCAAUCACGUCGUCCUCGACCAAUGCUGUCCUUCCUCUGUCCUUUCUCCCUCCGCUUCCUCCGCUCUUGACUUCGCCGGAUCCCGCUGCUGCCCCACGCCUAGGCACCGCUUCUUCUCGUCGCUGUACUGCCGCCGGAGGUUGCCGCGGCCCGCAUACCCCCUCCUCGUCUCUGUUGUUUUCUCGAUCCGCUCAUUUGGAGUUUCUUUUAUAGCUUCGGUGGUGGUCUCUUCCCUUCGGGAGAUGGUGGACUCGGUGGACGUGGUGUUGGAAUUUCUGAGGAAGAAUCGGUUUACCAAUGCAGAGGCUGCUUUGCGGGGGGAGCUGAAUGCGCGACCAGACUUGAAUGGGUUCCUUCAAAAACAUCUUUCCGUGGAAAAAGAAGAAGUGGGAAGAAAUGCUGGAGAAGUUGGUAGUGCUAGGCAGCAAAACUCAAACAAUCAUCGGCCUGAGACCUCGAAGGAGUACAUUGUCAAGGAAAUUGAAGUAGGAGGGUCUGGUAAUGGAUUCAACAAUAAGAAAGGUCGUGGUUUUGGUCAGGACAGGAACAGUGACUCUGUAGAUCUUUAUCCUUUGAAUUUUGGUUCCAGUGCUAGUAAUUCUGAUUUACUUUCUAAAGACUCGGGUGCAAUUGUCAACCAUUUUGCUGACCUCUUGAUACCAGAAGAACCAAAGCAUCGGCGCAUUACUUUUGUGCCUGAGAAAAGAGAUCGUGCUGUUGGUACUGAACCUGAUCAGCAAGCAGAGCAGCGAACUUCUUAUGCCAAGGACAGAGAUAAAGCUGUGCUUGAAGUGAAACCUGAGAUCAGGCAGCCUAGUGAUUAUAAGGACAAAAAUGCUUAUUCUCAAGACCAUUUUGUCAAUGACCUUUGGGUGAAAGCUGAAGACUCAUUCAAGGGAUGCUCUGUGAAGACAGUUUUUCCAUUUCCCAUGGACACAACCUCAUCCAGUUGUAGUGGACUUCCUAAUGAAAAAAAUGAGUUUAAGCAUAAAGAUGGCAGCAACAAUGAAUCAAGAAAAGAACAACUAGAUGAGUUCAGCGGAUCAUACUUCUUGGUUAAAUCCGAAGAAAAUGCUGUAACUAAUGGUUGGAAGAGUUUUGAUUUACCAGCUAUCGGUGAGAAUCACCGGGAUGAAUUACCUAAGUUGCCUCCUGUAAGACUUAAGUCCGAAGACAAGUUACUCAGUACUCAGUUGGUGGAAAAGGCUGGUCAGCAUGGAUCGGGAAUGAAGGUAUCCAAUGCUGACAGUACCUUUAUGAUAGGAUCCUUCCUCGAUGUACCUGUUGGCCAGGAGAUCAACUCGUCAGGUGGCAGGCGAACAAUUGGAAGUAGUUGGCUUUCUGUAAGUCAAGGAAUUGCUGAGGAUACUUCUGAUUUAGUAUCUGGUAUUGCAACCUUUGGUGAUGAUUCUAUUGACUAUCCAAACGAGUAUUGGGAUUCUGAUGAGUAUGAAGAUGAUGAUGAUAUAGGCUACAUGAGACAACCAAUUGAAGAUGAAACCUGGUUUCUGGCACAUGAAAUCGACUAUCCAAGUGAUAAUGAGAAAGGAACACACCAUGAGAGUAUGCUUGAUCAUCGGGACCAGGCCCCAAGAAAAGAUGAAGAUGAUGACCAGUCUUAUGCUGAGGAGGAUUCCUAUUUGUCAGGAGAUCAGUAUUUCCUAACUAAGAAUGUUGAACAGGUUGCUAUUUCGAAGGGACCAUUGGGACAUAAGAUGCCAGGAGUAUUUGGGAGAACAAAUGAGAAUGAUCUAAUAGGUCACUAUGAUGGGCAGUUAAUGGAUGCUGAAGAACUAAGUUUAAUGCAUUCAGAACAUGUUUGGCAAGGUUUUGUCACACAAAAUAAUGAACUAAUGAUGUUAGGGGAUGGUCCCAACUCAAUUGAGGUUGGACGGAGCCACCAGAGAAACUCUCUUAUAGAAGAUGAUCAACAUGGUUCAGUCAGGUCAGUUGGUGUGGGCAUUAAUAGUGAUGCUGCUGAUAUAGGCAGUGAAGUACGGGAGAGCUUGGUUGGAGGAAGCAGUGAAGGGGACAUGGAAUUCUUUCCUGAUCAUAAUGUUACAGAGUUUGGUAUAAGACAUCCUCAAAGUGGUACAACCAGUAGUGAUUUGAAUAAGUUAAAGAAGGAAAAGAUGAAGGAAAAUAAACGAGAUAGCUACAUUUGGGCAUAUAAAAAGGAUUUAAGCAUGCCAGGAGUGAGUGCUGAUGGUGCCUUCUCUUUCCAGCCUUAUAAAACUGCAAGUAUGUUGGAGGUUGAUUCUAACAAAACACUAUGUUCAGGAAAAUCUGGUGAUGCUGUUAAAUCUUUUGAUGAGUGUGCAAAUGGUCUAGUUUCAGAGGAUGCCCUUGCUACUUGGAGGAGAAAAAGCAGUGAUUCAUCUCCUGUAAGGAGCUCCAGAGAUGGGAAGACUUCUGAUGCUGUCAGAUCACAGAACUCAAGUGCAUCAUCAGCGUCAGAUUAUGGUUAUGAUGAAACAAACACUAUCAGGAAAAGACACUAUGAAGCAAAUGAGAUAAAGGAAGAAGACCCUGGAGCAGCGUUAGAAGAUGAAGAAGUAGCUGCACUGCAAGAACAACUAAGACAGAUAAAAGCUCAGGAGGAAGAAUUUGAGACUUUCUAUCUUAAGAUAGUUCAUAGGAAAAACAGAACUGGCUUUGAAGAGGACAAAAAUUUUCAUGUGGUUCUGAAUUCUGUUAUUGCUGGACGUUAUCAUGUAACUGAAUACUUGGGUUCUGCUGCAUUUAGCAAAGCUAUUCAGGCACAUGAUUUGCAUACUGGCAUGGAUGUCUGUGUUAAAAUUAUCAAGAAUAACAAAGAUUUCUUUGAUCAGAGCCUUGAUGAAAUCAAGCUUCUGAAAUUUGUUAACAAGCAUGACCCUGCUGACAAGUAUCAUAUUUUACGUCUCUAUGAUUAUUUCUAUUAUCAGGAACACUUGUUGAUAGUUUGUGAACUUCUCAAAGCCAACUUAUAUGAAUUCCACAAGUUCAAUAGAGAAUCUGGAGGCGAGGUUUAUUUUACAAUGCCUAGGCUUCAGUCCAUUACAAUUCAAUGCCUCAAGGCACUUCAGUUUUUGCAUGGCCUUGGCCUUAUUCAUUGUGACUUGAAGCCUGAAAAUAUAUUGGUGAAGAGUUACAGUAGGUGUGAAGUUAAGGUCAUUGAUCUUGGCAGUAGUUGUUUUGAAACAGAUAAUUUAUGUUCCUAUGUACAAUCACGAUCAUAUCGUGCACCUGAGGUUAUUCUAGGUCUCCCAUAUGAUAAAAAGAUAGACAUUUGGUCGCUUGGAUGCAUCUUGGCCGAACUUUGCACUGGAAAUGUUCUCUUUCAAAAUGACUCUCCUGCAACGUUACUAGCACGUGUUAUCGGCAUCAUUGGUCCCAUUGAUCAAGGAAUGCUUGCUAAGGGGCAUGAUACAUACAAAUAUUUUACAAAGAACCACAUGUUAUACGAGAAGAACCAGGAAACCAACAGGCUAGAAUAUUUGAUCCCAAAGAAAACAUCACUACGCCACCGUCUGCCGAUGGGUGAUCAAGGCUUCAUUGAUUUUGUGGCACACCUCCUUGAAGUGAAUCCAAGGAAGCGAUCAAGUGCUUCAGAGGCACUUAACCAUCCAUGGCUUUCAUAUCCUUACGAACCAAUAUCAACUUGAGAUAUCCAUGAUGGACGCUGCAUUCGGUCAGUCAGUCUCGGAGAAAAUUCUCAUCGGUAUUAUCCUCCGCUGCACGUAAAUGAUGUCGCAGCAGAUCUUUCACGCGCAAAGCAGAGGAACUUGCCACGAGCUACUCAGGUGAGCCUAGGUGGGGGAAGUUCGAUAUCUAAUUCCAUUUUUUUUUUGUGCUUAGUUUUUUAUGUGACAUUAGGAUCCGACUCUUCUUCGCGGUGGAGUCUUGUUGUAAUCACUCAUUCGCUCCUUUUAUCAUUUGUGUUCGAGUCAAUGGGUGUAGUUGAGCUGCACUCUGGUAUGCCCUUUCGUCCAGGUCCUGUUGUAUAUGAUGUGAUUAUUAUUGAGGCCUAUGAAAAUUUUUGCCCUUUUUUAA